AUGUCAGACGCCAAUUUUCCCACUCCAAAAUUGUCUCAUCUGACACCUAAAGAUUUCAAUUUUAUCUACGAACCAGCAGAGGAUUCUUUUCUUCUACUUGAUGCACUGGAGAAAGAUCACGAGCAUAUUCAACAUAUACGGCCCAGUAUUUGUUUGGAGGUGGGAUGUGGUUCAGGAAUAUGCAUCACUUUCCUUGCCACACUGUUGAAGUCUUCGUCUUCAUAUCUAUGUACAGACAUUAACUUUAAAGCUGCAGAAAUAGCAAGCAAAACAGGGAAAGAAAAUGGCAUGAAUAUACAACCUGUGAUCACAGAUCUGGUGAAUGGUCUUGACUUAAGAUUGAAAGGAAAAGUGGACAUUCUUGUAUUCAACCCACCAUAUGUUGUAACCCCAGAAGAAGAGGUUGGUUCCAAAGGUAUAGAAGCAGCUUGGGCAGGAGGGGAGAAUGGCAGAAGAGUGAUUGACAGAUUCCUACCUAAAGUACCAGAUCUCUUGUCACAAUGGGGAUUAUUUUAUUUGGUUGUAAUCAAAGAAAAUAAACCAGAAGAAAUACAGAGGAUUAUGAAAGAGAAAGGUUUUGAAAUGGAGACAGUCCUCACGAGACGAUCGGGUCCAGAGCUCCUUUCCAUUCUCAGAUUUCAGAGGUCACAUCAAUGAGGUAUGUUGCAAAGAAUUUACAAUAGAGCCUUUAGAGGAGAAAGUGGCAAAUUUGGAAGAUCUAACGAUGAAGUUGUUGAAAAAGUUGGAAAU